UGGCCUUUGGGUGCUCAUAAAAUUGGUUAAACCAUGGGAAACACACUUGGGUGUUGUCCGGCUUGAUGAUUGUAACAACGCUAACGUAAUGAUCAAACACUUUUAUAUGAUUUUGUGACUGAUACGUUACGUUCUUAUUACUAGUAGAAUUUAUAAAACAGCUAUGAAAUUAUGAUGAGUGGUUUUGUGUAUUAUUUCUUUGUGUUGCUUUGCUAUAGCAUUACAAAAACCGAUGCAGACUCAGUAAGAUAUUAUUACGACUACGAAUGUAAUGAACCUCUCGUCGCAAAUUCUAAGUUGACUGCCACAUCCAGCUUGAGAGACAGGGGACCAGAGAAUGCUAAGCUUUAUGGGACUACGGCUUGGACUGCCCGCGAGAGCUCUUACUACCAGCACCUGACCGUCCACCUGGACAAGCGGCGGGAGUUGCGCGGCAUUGCCACCAGAGGCCGCUACGCCACCGACGAGUAUGUCUCGCAGUACAUGCUGCAGUACUCGGAUGAUGGUGAGAGCUGGCGGUCGGUCACGCAGGAGGAUGGUAUCACGCAGAUGUUUGAAGGAAACCAUGAUGGAAAUACGGUGAUGAAGAAUGAAUUUGAAGUGCCUAUAAUAGCGCAGUUCAUUCGUAUCAACCCGAUGCGAUGGCGCGACAAGAUAUCUAUGAGAGUCGAGGUCUACGGAUGCGAUUAUGUGGCUGACACUCUCUACUUCAACGGGUCCUCCCUCGUGAAAAUGGACUUGCUCCGCGACCCGAUAUCGGCGUCCCGCGAGGUCAUCCGCUUCAGGUUCAAGACCAGUACAGCAUCAGGGGCGCUCAUGUAUUCCAGAGGAACACAAGGAGACUACCUAGCACUGCAGUUGAGGGACAACAGACUUGUCCUCAACAUCGAUUUGGGUUCUGGCCAGUCGACCUCGAUGUCGGUGGGCAGCCUGCUGGACGACAACAUCUGGCACGACGUAGUGAUCUCCCGCAACCGCCGCUCCGUCAUCUUCUCCGUGGACCGCGUCAUCGUGCAGGACCGCAUCCGGGGAGAGUUCUCCAGGCUCAACCUGAACAGGGCUUUCUACAUAGGUGGUGUACCAAACUUCCAAGAAGGGUUAGUCGUGAACCAGAACUUUACUGGCUGCAUUGAGAACAUGUACCUGAAUGCCACUAACGUCAUCCAAGACCUAAAGCAAGGGUAUGAGUCGGGAGAGCCUUUCAAGUUCCAGAAGGUCAACACGCUUUAUGCCUGCCCUGAGCCGCCCGUGGUCCCCAUAACGUUCCUGAAGGAGGGCUCGUACGCGAAGCUGCGCGGCUACUCGGGCGGCAACACGCUCAACAUCUCACUCGAGUUCCGCACCUACGAGCAACACGGACUGCUCAUCUAUCACAAGUUUAACACCGAGGGACAUGUCAAGGUAUAUCUCGAAGAAGGCGGCGUGAAAGUCGAGCUGGAAACUCCAGGCUCUCCGAAAGUGAAGUUAGACAACUACGCGGAGCAGUUCAAUGACGGUCGCUGGCACGCGCUCAUGCUGACCAUGGCCACCGACAGCCUCACGCUGGCGGUGGACUACAGACCCGUCAGGACCACCAAGAAACUGCGCUUCAUGACUGGCAGCACUUAUUAUAUCGCCGGUGGUAAGGCGCCUCCCCGCGGCUUCAUCGGCUGCAUGCGUAAGAUCGCCGUGGACGGUAACUACCGCCUGCCUACUGACUGGAAGAAGGAAGAGUACUGCUGUCCCAACGAGGUGGUCUUCGACGCCUGCCAGAUGAUUGAUAGAUGCAACCCGAACCCGUGCGAGCACAACGGCGUGUGCACGCAGACGGCGGAGGAGUUCUCCUGCAACUGCCAGGGGACGGGAUACGCAGGCGCCGUCUGCCAUACUUCGGUCCACCCGCUGUCGUGCCAGGCCUACAAGAACGUGCAGGCCGUGUCCCGCGCCGCGCACAUACACAUCGACGUGGACGGCUCCGGCCCGCUGCCCGCCUUCCCCGUCACCUGCGAGUUCUACUCCGACGGGCGCAUCAUAACGGCGGUACAACACUCGUCCUCUCAGAACACAGUAGUAGACGGCUACCAGGAGCCCGGCAGCUUCCGCCAGGACAUCAUAUACGACGCGAAUCGGCAACAACUGGAAGCGUUACUCAACAGAUCCGAGAACUGUAUGCAGCAUCUAGAGUAUAUGUGCAGGCACUCCAGACUGCUCAACUCACCGAGCGAGGAGUCGUCGUUCGCGCCGUUCGCGUGGUGGGUGUCGCGCGCGGGGCAGCGCAUGGACUACUGGGCGGGCGCGCCGCCCGGCUCGCGCAUGUGCGCGUGCGGCCUGCUGGGCAGCUGCCGCGACCCCACCAAGUGGUGCAACUGCGACGCCGAGCACGCCAAGCCCGGCGAAUUCCAAGUGGAUGGCGGUGAAAUCAUAGAAAAGGAGUUCCUGCCAGUAAAACAACUACGAUUCGGUGACACCGGCUCACAUCUCGACGAGAAAGAAGGACGGUAUACACUUGGACCACUGUUGUGUGAAGGAGACGACCUGUUCAGCAACGCGGUGACGUUCCGUAUAUCGGACGCUAUAAUCACUCUGCCGAUGUUCGACCUCGGCCACAGUGGCGAUAUCUACUUCGAGUUUAAGACUACCAAGGAAAACGCUGUGCUUUUACAUUCCAAGGGUCCCCAAGACUACAUAAAGCUGUCUAUCAUCGGCGGCGAUCAGCUGCAGUUCCAGUUCCAGGUGGGCGACACGCCGCUUGGAGUGUCUGUCGAGACCAGCAGCCGGCUAGCUGAUAACAACUGGCAUUCCGUCAGUAUUGAGAGGAAUAGGAAGGAGGCCCGCGUGGUGGUGGACGGCGCGCUGAAGAACGAGAUCCGCACCGCCAGGGAGCCCGUGCGCGCGCUGCAGCUCAGCACGGGGCUGGCGCUGGGCGCGCAGCUGGACCGCAAGGCCGGCUUCGUGGGCUGCCUGCGCGCGCUGCUGCUCAACGGCCGGCCCGUCGACCUGCGCGCGCACGCCCGCAGGGGGCUGUACGGCAUAUCGGAGGGCUGCGUGGGCAAGUGCGCGUCUUCGCCCUGCCUCAACAACGGCACGUGUCUGGAGGGCUACGACUCGUACUCCUGCGACUGCCGCUGGACCGCCUUUAAGGGACCUAUUUGUGCUGACGAAAUCGGUGUGAACCUCCGUCCGAACUCCAUCGUGAAGUACGACUUCCUAGGCUCGUGGCGCUCCACCAUAGCGGAGAAGAUUCGCGUAGGUUUUACCACCACCAACCCUAAGGGUUUCCUGCUCGGCUUCUACUCCAACAUCUCUGGAGAAUACCUUACGCUCAUGGUGUCCAAUUCUGGUCAUCUUCGAGUGGUGUUCGACUUCGGUUUUGAGCGGCAGGAGAUAAUCUUCCAAGGGAAACACUUCGCAUUGGGGCAGUACCACGACGUGCGGCUCUCUAGGAAGAACAGCGGAGCCACUAUGGUUUUGCAGGUUGACAACUACGAGACACAAGAGUACAACUUCAACGUGAAGGAAUCAGCUGACGCUCAAUUCAACAACAUUCAAUACAUGUACAUCGGUCGAAACGAAUCUAUGAACGAAGGGUUCGUCGGCUGUGUGAGUCGAGUAGAGUUCGAUGAUAUAUAUCCGUUGAAGCUGCUGUUCCAGCAAGACCCGCCGCCUAAUGUCAGGAGUUUGGGAGGCGGCGUCCUGAGCGAGGACUUCUGCGGCGUGGAGCCGGUGACCCACCCGCCGGCCGCGCCCGAGACCCGGCCGCCGCCCGACCUGGACCUGCAGCGGGACCUCGACCUGCACAACACCGACGAGGCCAUCCUCGGCACGGUACUGGCGUUCAUAUUCCUGUUGCUGAUCAUUGUCGCUAUCGUGUUGGUGCGCGCACUCUCGCGGCAUAAGGGAGAAUACCUCACGCAGGAGGAGCGCGGCGCGGCGGGCGCGGCCGACCCCGACGCGGCCGCGCUGGCCGCCGCCACCGGCGCGCGCGUGCACAAGCGCAGGGAGUUCUUCAUAUAGGGGCGGGGCCGUGAGGGGGCAUGGACAGGAUCCCCCGCUGAGAUGAAUGACGAUGCCAGGCUCAACAGAACAAACAAUAUCUAACAUAAAGGCAACUGAAGGUUGCUCCUGUCUUACUGAUAUAACCAUGCCCAGGUUUUUCACAAUAUAAAGCAGUACCAUCUUUUUCCUGCUCCAAAUGUCUUAUUAAGUUAUGCAACUGGCAUCAAUAUUAACUUACACUCGUCGAUGCAACAAAAAAGUUUGCCUCACAAAAAUAAACUGACUCUCUCUACCCGCUUAAUAUAUAUUCACAUUGCUUUCCAUCUAUUACGCUAAGAGCUCAACAAUAUUCAAUUAAAUAUAUUACAACUUUUUUAUAUUUACUAAAACAUUAACAUCAGGACAACAUUCAGUUUAUAGUAACAGAAAAUACAAAUGUCUUGAUAUUUCUGCCUUAAGUCUUCCAGGACCUUAAGGCCUAUAUUGGCAUAACUUAGUAUUAUAUCUAUGUUUUCUCACUAGAAAUUGUCCAUCGGAUCUCACUUUCAAAUAUAAUGUAACUUGUAAAGGUUUCUCCCACUAAGUGCCAUCGGGCUACUUGCUAUCGCUACAAAGUAUUAUGAAUCUCCUUGUAAAUCUCAUUUUCAAUAUUAAUGACAUGUUUUAUACCUUCUAUACGGUUUAUAUAUUCUACAAAUCUAUGCUUUCGAAUUGUUUUGAAUUAGAUGUAUACAAAUAAUGUACCUUAUAUAGGUGUGCUAACUUUGCUUGUUGUCGAGACACAUUUAAUUAUUUGCUUAGGAAUUAUUGACGUUACAAACAAAUGUGGCAACAAGCAAGGUUCGCCCCCUCUUGUAUUUCAAAGCAAUUGAAUUCUUCCAUGAACCAUGUAUAUUAAAAAAAAAAAAACAAAAGAUACUCGUAUAUAUUUUAUCACGAUGUUAGGCUAAAAUGGAAUCUACAGUUCACGCAAUAAAGUCGUUAUUUGCUUUAAAAAUGACAUGAAAAUGAAUACAAACUAGUGUAAGAUUAAAUUAGGUUCUUUAUAGUUUUAUAACAUUUAAUUAUCAAGAUAGAAAUUCUACGUAGACUGCUUAUACAUAAGCGUAUAGAUAUUAUAAGUUUAAGACAAAGCGUGUUUGAAUUGGAUGACUUUUUUUUUUCGAUUUUGUUUCCGUCCAAAAUGAUGUUUUUCGUUACUUAACAAUGAUGUGAUCAUUUUCUUUAAAAUAUUUUACAUUCGGUUUUGUAGGAGAUGAAAGGUGAAAUUUCGAACAAGUAAGAAAGUGAUUUUCGUAUGUAAAAAAGUCCCAGUGAAGAUGCGAAACUGGUAAUAAGACUAAAAUAGAAAUACCUUUGUCGGUAUUAUUAUUUUUCUCCUACGAACCAAAUUGUAUUUUUAAUUUUAAAUUCGAUUUUUGUAUAAUUUAUUACAAUCGUGUGUAUAUCAUGUAAUUAUGAUUAUUUAUGUAUUAUUUACAUAUACAAUUUACAGAUUAAGUUUUUUUGAUACGGCCACUAGACGAAUCCUCUUUCAAGUUCCAAAUAAGAAUAAAUAUGAAUUAGUGUCAUUGCUUUAUCGUCGUUAAGGAGUGUUAAACGGAUGACGUCAUACGAUACGUUAAUUUAAGUAGCGCGCUCUGAUCAUGUUAAUAAUGAAUUGGUAAUGAAGACGAGGGCUUGUCAACUAUACAUGAGGACGGUACGUACUUACUUGAGCAAUGUGUACUACUAGUAGGCCACUAGGCAAGUUAUAUUGUUGUUCCAACGGUACUUCUAAUCGAGUUGCUCCGAUCAAGAUGUAAUUAAUAAUCUCAAAAACCUUGAAUAGUGUUCGGACACAAAGUACAGGCAACCUCUUAACGCUUUUUACGUGGUCACUAUCGAAAAGCUAUUGUUAAGAUUUUGAUGAAAAAAAAAAUGGUUUGCUUGUCAUGAUAGAAAUAUGACUUGUCUAUGGGGACUCUGUGGUAACUUAAUAUUACCAAUGAAAAUUGGUCGAAAUUGUAAAAUAAUUAGUCAAUUUAUAAAAUUAAACAUUGAGCUCAAGAGAUGUAUAGUUGAUAAAGUUGCACUUUCUUGAAUGAAUGGUAUUUGGUUGUACUUAUAUGAAGAUUAAUAAAAAAAAACAAUGAUUUCUAAACACUAAAUUGUAGCUUAUUGCUAUUGAAAUAAAGCUUAUUCUAAAACGAGACAUAGAACUGAUGUAAGUGCGAUCGAUAUCAUUCAUAUUGGCAUGUUUGUGAGUAAAUAUAAGGUGUUUGUGCCUUAAUGUAAUCAGUAUCGGAGCGGCGCGCGGCGGCACAUAGAGUAAAUCACUGAUAUGUAGCGUGUUGAGAGUAGAGGUUUUAUUUUACUACUUCGAAUAUCACGAAUAAAUUUUCCACAAACAUA